UACACAAUAAAUAGGGUGCGAUUCAUCUUCUCAUUCUUCGUUUAUCCGCUGUAUUUUUUGAACAGAGUUCAGAUUUCUUGUGGCAUUCUACAGUGCAUACAUUCAAAUCCAAGUCUGCAGGAGAAAUAAAAUUUGCCGUGGCUCCAGCAUUUUGGAUAAAAGGCUAUAAGAGAAAAACUAGGAUCAUUCGUUGGCUCCUGUACAUCCUUAUAUGGCAUACGUUUGCAGGAGGGAAUAAAUCUGCCAUCGUUACUUAGUUAUUUCAGAAAAUAAUAAAAGAGAAAAAUAAGCUUAAGAGCAGAACAAAGGAUUUGUGCUUUACAGAAUGGAUUAUUUUACUCUAAACAGAAGGGAACUCCAGGCCUUGUGCAAAAAGCAUGCCAUUCCUGCCAACUUGACAAAUGUUUCCAUGGCUGAGGCACUUACUGCUCUCCUCAAUGUUGACAAUAAUAAACCUUCUGGUGAUGGGUUUCAGAAGCAACAAGCCAAAUCUGAAGACACAGGUGACAAGUCUGUUCUAACUGACAUUUCAAAUACCCCCAGAAAGUGCACUAGAUCAGAGAAGCAUGAAGUUGCUGCAGAAGGUAAGAGUGCAGAAGAGCCUAUUGUGUUGGAUGAUGAUGAAGCUCCAUCUGCAUUGAAAGAAAAACACGUGAAAAGUGCCGUCAAAACCCUGAAAGGGAAAUGUGGAGAUCAAACAGAAAAAUCUAGAAGCAAAAUAAGACAAAGAAAGAUACUGGAUAAAGAUGUCGAUGAAUCAUCAGUUACUCCUUACACCUCUGUAAAGGCAGGAAGAGGCAGAACCUGUAAAAGAGGCACAAAUGAAAAAAAUCCCAGUAUGAGAGGCUGUAAUGCAAUUGAUACAGAGGAUGCUAAACCUGUACAACAGAAACAUGAUUCAUGUAAAAAUGAAGAAGAAAGUGAUGAGGCAAAUAAUGUCACCGAGACUAGGCCCAAACCAUCACGAAAGAAAGUUGAUAAAAUGGAAAUGGCUACAGAAGAGAUCAAUCAAGUUUUAACUCAUACAGAGGAUGCCAAAGCUCUGUUGCAGGAACAAGAAUCGUGUGAAAGAGGAGGAGGAACAAUUGAAGUUGUCCCAAAGACUAGGUCCAAGAGAGGUUUAUUAAGAAAAAAAGUUGAUAAAGUAGAAAUGGCCACAGAAGAGAGAAUUCAAGAGUCAUUUGAUGCAAAUGACCAAUCAGUUGAAGUCGUCCUAAAGACUGGGACAAAGGCAAGGCCGUCAAGAAAUAGAGUUGAUAAACUGGAAGAAGCUACAGAAGAAAGCAUUCAAGGGACAAAUAAUGAUGGACCUUUCAAAGAAGUCCAUGAGACUAGGCACAAGUCAAUAAGGAAGAAAUUUGAUGCAGUAAAAGAAGCUGCAGAAGACAACAUUGAUGGGUCAACUGGUGCAAACCAUAACAUUGAAGAAGACACAAGAGAAAGUACAGGGACAGAUGAUGCAAAUGAUGAAUCUGUCAAAGUCUUCUCUGACAUUAGGUUCAAGGGAAGGUCGUCAAGGAAGAAAGUUGAUGAAGUUGGAAAAGCUACAGGAGAGAGCAAAGGGACAAAUGAUGUGAAUUAUGAAUCAGUUGAAGAAAUCUCCAGAACUGGACCCAAGGGAAAGUUGUCAAGGAAAAAAAUUGAGGAAGCUACAAAAGAGAGCAUAAAAUGGACAGAUGACAUGAAUGAUGAAGAAAUCUCCAGGACUAAGUGGGUAAGCUCAUCAAGAAAAAGAUCUGAAAAAGUUGCUGAAGAGAACAUUCAAGGAGUGCAUGAUGAAAGUAAAGGUGAUCAGAAUCCAAUCUGUAGGAGAUCAACAAGGGCAUUAUCAAGAAGUAAGUACAGUGGGGUAGAUUCUGUAAAGGAAACCCCUGGAGCCUCUAAAAGAAUAAAAAUUUCCAGUGACAAAAAAGUUGAAUAUGAUCCAGCAGAGACAUCAGUCAAAGUUUCUGCCAAGAAACAUGCAAAAAGCCCUGUUCAUACACGGAGGGCACUGAGGGCACUGAGUACAAAGAAUGACUCUCCAAAGUUACUUGAUGGAGAUGCCAUGGAAGAUUCUGCAAGCAAGGGUAGUAAGCAAAUGUCCAUUUGUACACAAACAAACCAGAUUCAAAUUUCGUAUGAUUCAGCUGAUGUGAAAAAUGGAGGGGAAUCAAAUUCUGAUUUAGAUUGCUCUAAAAUAAAGCAGGGCAGAGUUGGUCACAGGAGAACUGCAAAGAAAGCAGCAAUAAAAUCUCAUCACAAAGAGCUUGAUCUACUUGAAGCUGACCUUGCUCAAGAAACCAUUGAAGAUGAGAUCUGUUUGAAAGGUAUGAAUAUAACUGAAAGCUACAGUGGACAACCUGAGCCAGAAACAAAGCGUAACAAUUUGGAGGUUCAUGAAAAUCCAGCUUUUUCUUAUGGCAUAGAUUCCAGAAAUGCUCAGACAGGUGAAGCUCUUUGCAUUGUAGUUAAGGAGAUUCAGGGGAAAACUGUUCAAAAUGGUGUGGUCAUAGCUGGACCUGGCAGAAUUCAGCCACAACCUAUGCACUUGAUUUCAAAGGCUGAUGAUGAUGCAACUUUUCCUUAUGGCAUCAAAUCUAAAUUUUUGUGUCAAGGGGAGUAUAUGCACGUAGGUGUGAGCAUAGCUGAAAGCCCUAAUGAAACUGAGCUGAAAACUAUGUGUUCUCAAGAAGGCAAAGCUCCUGGCUUCAAAGAUGAGGAGGGUCACGCAGAAUUUAUGAAGGAAGGUGUGAGCAUAUCUGAAAGCUCUAAUGGAACUGAUACAGAAACUAUCUGUGCUCAAGAAGGCAAAAUCAAAGAUGAGGAGAGUCAGGGGGUGUCUAUACAGAAAGGUGUGAGUAAAGCUGAAAGCCCUAAUAGAACUAAGCCAGAAAUUAUGUGUGCUCAAGAAGGUGAAGCUCCUGGCAUCAAAGCUGAGGAGGGUCAUGCAGAAUCUAUGAAGGAAGGUGUGAGCAUAUCUGAAAGCUCUAAUGGAAUUGAGACAGAAACUAUCUGUUCUCAAGAAGGCAAAAUCAAAGAUGAGGAGAGUCAGGGGGUGUCUAUACAGAAAGGUGUGAGUAAAGCUGAAAGCCCUAAUAGAACUAAGCCAGAAAUUAUGUGUGCUCAAGAAGGCGAAGCUCCUGGCAUCAAAGAUGAGGUAAGUCAGGAGGAAACUGUGCAGAAAGAUGUGGGAAAAGCUGAGAGCCCUAAUGGAACUAAGCCAGAAACUAUCUGUGCUCGAGAAGGCGAAAUCAAAGAUGAGGAGAGUCAGGGAGUGUUUAUGCAGGAAGGUGUGAGCAAAGCUGAAAGCCCUAAUAGAAUUAAGCCAGAAAUUAUGUGUGCUCAAGAAGGCGAAGCUCCUGGCAUCAAAGAUGAGGUAAGCCAGGAGGAAACUGUGCAGAAAGAUGUGGGAAAAGCUGAAAGCCCUAAUGGAACUAAGCCUGAAACUAUGUGUGCUCAAGAAGGAAAAGCUCCUGGCAUCAAAGAUGAGGAGAGUCAAGGGGAGUCUAUGCAGGAUGGUCUGAGCAUAGCUGAAAGCCCUAAUGAAACUAAGCCUGAAACUAUGUGUGCUCAAGAAGGAAAAGCUCCUGGCAUCAAAGAUGAGGAGAGUCAAGGGGCGUCUAUGCAGGAUGGUCUGAGCAUAGCUGAAAGCCCUAAUGGAGUUGAGCCAGAAACUCUGUGUGCUCAAGAAAGUGGAUCUCCUGGCAUCAAAGAUGAGGAGAGUCAAACAACCCUAACUAUGAUGGUUGACCAGGAAAUUGUAGUUGGUGAACCCGGGACUGUGGCAGGACCAACUGAAAAAGACUGUUUGCAUACAGAAGCAGUUGGUUCAGAUGAUCUUACGUGUGUUGUUGAGAAACCAUCUGAAUUGCAACAAUGCACAGCUAAUUUAGGUGAUGAAACCAUUGAUAAUAUAAUGGAAGACGUAUACAAAGAAAUACGAAGUGACAUAGGCACUGAAGAAGACCCAGGCGCCAAGAAUUCUGAGGACUUGGUCUUAAGUGUAAUGCCGAACAUUUUAGAAUUACCAAAAAGAGAAGGGCAAGAUAAGAAUGUUCCAAGCGAAGUUCAUAAUAAUGAACUCUGUUCACAUGAAGUGCAUGUCUCAUUCUGUGAAAUUAGGCGGCAGAGUUUAGUGCAAAACAGCCCAGUUACUCUACUCGUGAAAACUGAAGAUGGUGCAACUGAAGGGAAAGUUCCAACUGGAUUAGAAGAUGAGGAUGAUAUUCAAGCUCACUUUAGUAAUAAUGUCUCUGAAGCAGUAACCAGUAUCUCAAUUGGUAAUGCCAAAGCUGACCUGGUGGAAAGAUUGGCAUAUCUUUCAAUUGAUAAUGACAAUCAGACUGAUGUAAUAAGGGUGACAUCAUCAUCUGUCCAAGUUGACAAUGAAGCUAAGGAUGAGAAAAGAAUGGAAUCGUCUUCUGUGCAAAUAGAUAGUGAAGACCAGAUGAAGAGAGAAUUACAGACCUCACCAGUCAUGAUGAAACAACUGCUAGAUGGUAAGAAGGAAUUACACUCAGUAUGCAUCUGUACAGUUGAAGAGAGAAUUAAAGACCUCACCAGUCAUGAUGAAACAGGUUCAAAUAACUCUCCUUUCGCUAAGGAACUUACUCAUUUUAAGGCAAAAGGUUUUGUUCAGAACACAGUCAAGGCUGAAAAACAAAAUGGUUUUAACGAUGAGACUGGUAGCAGGAAGGAAUUUUUUCCUUCGACACCCACUAAGGAAGAGCAGAACAUUCUAAAUACAAUUGAUGGCGAGACUGGUAGCAGGGAGGAAUUUGUUCCUUCGACACCCCCCAAGGAAGAGCAGAGCAUUCUAAAUACAAUUGAUGAUGAACAGGAAUCAUCACAUGUCAAGCUAGAAAUACUUGGUUUGAGUAACACUGAUGAGGAGACAGAGGUGAUGGAAUCGCAGGAAGCAUUUAAGACCAUUGGUGAAGUAGAGGAUCUUGGUUUGAGUAACACUGAUGAGGAGACAGAGGUGAUGGAAUCGCAGGAAGCAUUUAAGACCAUUGGUGAAGUAGAGGAUCUUGGUUUGGGAAAUAAAAAUCCUCUUGCACUACAGGAAUGUGAGCAGCAUAACACCAAAGAACUCGAAGAAACACUUUGUCAGGCUAAAGCCCCUCUUUAUAUGGCAGACACUCACUUCCAUGAGAAAACCUGUGGCCCAGAUGAGCAAGGACAAUUGACUUACGUAGACAAACUGCAAAACGAGGCUAACAACAAUGUUUUGCUGAUUGAGAAGAAGAAUUUCCCUCCCUUAACUAGCCUAAGUCUAUGCAAGCUCCGAGUUAUGUGCAAGGACAAGAUGGCUAAGGUCUCUACUCACUUUCAGGAGAAACCCUGCAGCAAAGAUGAGGUGACUUGUGGGAACAAUCUGCAAAAUGAAAUUAAGAAGGAGAAUUAUGAUCAUCUAAGUCUGCGCAAGCUCAAAGCUAUAUACAAGGAAAAGAAGGCUGGCAAAAGAUCUGCUUUGCACAACUUAUCGUCAAAUGAUCUAGAAGAGAGAGAGAAAGGGCCAAACAAGGCAGAGCUUCAAAUUACUUACGGGUCACAAAAGUGACCCAAAAUGUCUGAUCUAUAAAUGUUUUAUUACCAAGUUCUUUCAAUAUAUUCUUCCAAUUGCAUGUCUUUUUUUAUAUACAUGCAAUUUGGACUGUGAACUCCUAUUGGCCAUUCUGCCUGGAUCUCAUAUAGGCAAAGAGUAAAAUUUAAUGUGUUAAUUUGAAUAAAGGAACUUGAAUCUACUUGGUUCGUUGCCAUUACUUUUC